AUGGAGCUGCCCGUAAAUAAACUUGGACCAUCGCAAGUGACCAGUCACAUUCAUACUGGACACAUGCUCUUUCUGACUUCAGUCACCUGGACAACUACAGGAGUCGUUUCUUCAUAUCACGUGGCCUUAGUUGAUGUUUUCUCUUCUCUAAUCAUGGCAGAAAACUUCCAAAAUCCAUCCAUGCUUGGGACCCCUAAUCCUCUGCACCUCUCCUUCCCAGUGGUAAACAGCACUGGCAACCUCUGCAACUUCUCCAGAGUCUCGGCCCCAGCCAUCGGCUCUGCCUGGCUCCUGCCCUCUGCCUCUGGCGUGCCUUUCCCCCCGCUCAUGGGCAGUACCUACCUCUACCAGCACUCCAGCACCACCAUCCUGUCUGGGGUCCCUGGGCAGGGCCAGAUUUCCACUCCAGCCGCCUCCUCCUACCCAGGCAUAUAUGAGUGGGACAUGUCUGGAAGUAGUGGGGAGAAGCCAUCUCUUGGAGACUUCACUGUGACGGUCAUCGGCCAGGACACGCCAACUUCCGCGAUACCGGCCCCAGCCCAGUAUGAUAAAGCUGCAGAUGCUAAUACUGUGGUGCCUCUCUACCCACAAUUAUCAGCCAGCCUCGUGCAGCAGGGGGCUUCCCCACAAAUGCCAAGUCAGGGGCCCAACAAUGUGUCUGUCCCUUACCAGAAUGGAAGCCAAGUUUAUUACUACAAUCAAGGAGCCCUGGGGCCCCUCCUCACGGGAGAGCUUGGCCCUUGCAUGCAGUCCUAUGGAUCUGUGUCUUACAAGGGAGGUAGGACCCCUUCGGUACCAGUGGCAUCUCAGCCAGAGAUGGUGAUGGUUCUCAAAGAGGUCCAGCCCCCUGGAUCCCGACCACCUGUCUCCACCUCAGGCCUGUAUUACCCUGUUCGGGCCCAGCCAGUCAAAGAUUCAGGUUUCCAAGUGAUGGAGACUUCCCUGGGACUGCAGCCUACUGCCCGAACGUUCUCUUUGCCACAAACCCUGGAACUCUCCAAGUCCUGGGGGGGCAACGGAAGCAACCUUCAGAUUCUUGAGGGCACUCCGCCGGCAGAAGUUGCCGGGGACGGCUCCUUGGCAACCCCAUCCCAGAAUUCCAGAAACUUACUUGCCCUGCCUCCCGCCCCAAACAUUGAGCUCAAGGAUAAGAAGAAUUUGGCAUGCCUUGAGAAGGAGAAAUGGAAAGUGGAGGGAGUAAAGGCCAAGUUCUCACAGACUCUGGAUCCCUGCCAUGUUCCUUUGGAAAUACAGGAUCCUCCACUCCUUCCCUUGGAGAUCCCUGAUAUUAACCAGCUUCUGGCUUGCAUUGAUCCUCUCUGCCCCGAUGCUCUUAAAGAAGGUACUAGUCCAAGGGAAUGCCAUCUGGUGAAGAAUGGCCUGAGUCUUGGUGACCAAGAGGCACUAGAGAAUGGGAUGGAGCCCAUUCCCAGUCUUACUGAUAUCAACAAACUGGUGGAAGAUUUCCGCCUUCCCCGUCUCCUCUCUCCCUUGAAGGAGGUUGACCAGCCCAAAGGUCUCAGGGCCACCAAACCCAAAGUAGUCAAAACAGCCAAAGUGGUUCGGGUGCAAGGAAAGCCGUGCACAGGCAAGGAGCCUUCAGACCCUACCAAGAAAACUAAACGUAAAGUUCCCGAGCUGAUGGCCACUGUUCUGCCGGCCAAAGUCUUGCCAAGAAACCCCGACUGCCUGCUUGCUGGGGAUAUGGCAGGUAUCUCUGGUUCUGUGGCCAAUGAGUUUUCUCCCCUGGAAAUGGCAAAAUCAACCAGUGGCAAGUCUCGAAAAGCCCCAAGCAGCAGGACCAGCAAGACCAAAUGCCCCAGCCAGGAGAAAAUGGAGGGGACCGGAGACACCUGUUAUGAGAAAGUGGAAGGGAAUGAACCUCCUGGGGGUCGAGCUAAGCCGGAGGAGAAGCCGGCCCUUCCCAAGAUGAAGCGCAAGAAGAACCAUCCUGAGCUCAGUCAAGAGGCCUUUAAGAAGCCCCGGAGCUUCCUGGGCAUGCACAUGCUGGAGUCAGUUCAGGUGUUUCACGCCCUGGGCAAGAAGAACGAUAAGAUGGCUGGCCCUGUCCAAGUCCCCCAGCCAACUCCAGGGAUCAAACAGUGGCUGGAAACCCCAGCAGAAGGCCAAGGUCCUAUGAAGACUCAGGUCAGUCUCCUUGCAGCUGCCAAAGCCAAAGUUCGGAAACCGGAGGGCAGUGCUGAGAACCAGUGUCCAUCUCCAUCCCACACCAAGCCACCACCUCCGGGGAAAGUCAAGUUGGUGCCUUUGCCUUUUCCGACCUUAGACAGGCCUUUGACUCGGCCUAUUCCUCGAAAACCACAGCCCUUGGCUCCCCACCGGCUUUCUACCACCAACCCUGCCCGUCUGGGCAAUCCGGCUCAGCCCGGUCCCUCCAACCCUGCCCGGCCCGUGUCGGCUGUACCACCUCAGUCGGCUCCUCCUCGGCCCAUGCUUCUGAAAUCAGCACCUUGCCCUUCUCCCCAGCUGCAGCCAUGUCUCCCGAGCCACCUGGUCCUGUCCAUCUCCCCAGAGUCGGCUGCUAGCAGCUCCUCCAAACAGGCCGUGGUGGUCAUGACCCAGCCGCAGCCUCAGGCUCAGUUCCAACCUCAAGAUUUCUGCUUUCAGCCAAUCCCAUGGAGGAAGCCUAAUGUCCCUGAGCCUGUGAUGUCAAAGCCUAUCACCAAAGAGCAGAGGCCUGAGCGAGAAGCCAUGAAGAGGCAAGCUCAGCGGGAGCGGGAGAAUGCCGCCAAGUAUACCUCCUUGGGCAAGCUGCAGUUUUUCAUUGAGCGGGAAAAAGACUUGGAAAUUGCAAGGCGCUACGGCUACAUGAUCUGAUCAGAGCAGCUAGGACUCUUGGGCCUUCUGGGCACCAAAUGUUUGUAUAUAUAUAUAGAUAUGCAUGUCCCUAUUUAUUCUGAUACUUCAAUAAACCGUUAAUAGAGCUGUUCUGGUCAGGGACAAGAUGGAUGAGCAA